AUGAGCUCGGUCACCGCGUCCUCCUUCCUCGCGCCCACCGCGUCGCUCUACCGCCUUCGCGGCAGUCGCGCGUCGUCCGGACCUAGGGCUGCGGCUCAUCAUCAUCGCGGGCGCGUCGCAGUGACCGUCGUCGCGGGCGCGCCGAUGGUCACCGUCGAGGAGGGCAAGAACAUGCUCGACCGCGACGGGUACAAGAUGCUCGACGUCCGCCCGUUCAAGGCGUACGACCGCGAGCACCUCACCAAACCCCCGCAGUGCACAGCCAACGUCGCGCUGGCGCCGGGAACCCUCCCGGACGCCAAGUUUGUCGCCGCGGUAGAGGCGCAGGGCUUUCCCAAGGGCGCCAAGCUCCUGGUCGCCGACUUCGACGGCGAGGUGUGCCAACAGGCUGCUGAUGUUCUCCACGACGCCGGGUUCACCGCCGUCGUCGCCGUGCAGGGCGGGUACAACGGCUGGAGGAAGACGUUCACCACCUGCGGCCGCCGCCGACCUCCGCAGGGCAAGUGGGUCAGCACCGGCAAGGAAGCGCUCAAGUCCGGGCUGGACCUGGACCCGAACGUCGCGGCCGCGUACGAGGAGAACUGGGGCAAGGAGCCGCCGAAACACGGCGAGGUGGGCAGGGUCGGGGACGAGGCCAAGGAGGAGGUUGCCGUCGAGCAGGAGAAGGAUUUCGCGUCAGCCGUCGCGACGGCGACUGAGAACAUCGUCGAGGAGAUCGUCGUGGACGAGGACGGGUUCAAGACGAAGAAGACGUUCAGGGUCAACCCCGACGGGAGCAAGACGGAGGUGGACAUGUUCGAGGCGGCGGCGAGCAAGACGCAAAAGUCAGCGGCCGUGACCACCCUCGGGACGCCCAUGGAGAAGCCCCCGAUCACGGGGGUGGCGGGCGGCGGAGCCGCGGAGGGGAGCAACUGGGAGACCUUCUACACGGACGACGAGCAACGAAGGCCUUACUAUCGCAACAAGAAGACGGGAGUGACGCAGUGGGAGGAGCCCAAGAGGUGGUGGAGCGGCGGCAGGUGGAUCGAGGCUGAGUAG